AUGUCGCCCACUCAAUAUCGAGUUGCUCUGCGCGGCGAAGAGUUACUCGAUAACCCACGACUCAACAAGGGAACAGCAUUCACCCUCGCAGAACGCAAGGAGUUUGGGCUCAUUGGGCGUCUUCCUUCACGCGUCAACACUCUUGACGAGCAAUGCGAACGUGCGUAUGCGCAACUGGAAGGACGGGAAUCGGCUAUCCGGAAAAACUCGUUUCUUCAGAGCUUGAAGAGCCAGAACAUCGUACUCUACUAUACCCUUCUUUCUAGGCAUCUUCGGGAGCUGAUUCCAAUCAUCUACACGCCCACAGAGGCCGAGGCCAUUUCCGACUACUCGCACUUAUUUCGACGGAGUGAGGGUUUAUAUUUAACAUUCCCUAACCAGGACACAAUGGAGGAGGAUUUUCUGGAGCAAACCCAAGGUAGAAAUAUAGAUUUAGUGGUGGUUAGUGAUAGUGAAGCGAUCUUGGGUAUCGGCGACCAAGGUGUCGGGGGCAUAGGCAUAUCAUCGGCUAAAUCGGUGAUAUAUUCUCUCAUUGGCGGAAUCGACCCUUCUCAGGCCCUGCCUGUUGUCCUUGAUGUUGGGACUGAUAACGAAGACCUGCUCAAUGACCAUCUUUAUGUUGGCUGGCCCAACCGGCGCGUCCGUGGACAGGAAUACGACCAAUUCGUUGACAAAUUCGUGCAACUUGUUAGAAAACACUACCCACACUCUCUCCUGCACUUUGAAGACUUCGGAGUGACCAAUGCACACCGUUUGCUUCGUCGAUAUAAGGACACCCAUGCGGUAUUUAACGAUGAUAUACAAGGGACUGGCGCUGUUACUCUUUCAUGCGUAAUGGCGGCUGUUGGAGUCACUAAAAGCCGUUUGGCUGACCAGCGGUAUCUAAUCUAUGGUGCUGGUUCUGCUGGACUUGGCAUUGCGCGCCAAUUGCGUGAUGCCAUCGUCUCCACAGACGGGGUAGAGCGCGACAAAGCAACUGCGCUAUUUUAUCUUAUUGACCGAAACGGGCUCAUCAAGCAAUCGCUUGGAGAAGACAAAAUUCGUGAGGACCAGCGGGAGUGGGUUCGAUCGGACGAGGAAUGGGCGGAGGUAAAAGAGAACGGCAAUGGAGAAAUUGGAUUAUUGGAGACGGUGAAGAAGGUGCAGCCCACUGUGCUUAUUGGGUGUUCGACGCACGCUGGAGCAUUUACUCGUGAGGUUAUCGAGGCCAUGGCGGCUGGAUGCGAACGACCGAUAAUCCUCCCGCUAUCGAAUCCAAGCAAGCUUGUUGAGGUGGACCCGAAGAAUGCCAACGACUGGACAAAGGGGAAAGCCUUGUUGGCGACCGGCAGUCCGUUCCCUCCAGCGAAGACGCCGAAUGGCCGUGACUAUAUCAUUGCGGAAUGCAACAACGCGCUGAUCUAUCCUGGCCUUGGGUUUGGGGCUAUGAUAUCUAAGUCUCGUCGAAUGACUGACACAAUGAUCAUUGCCGGCGCUCGACGACUUGCUUCUCUAGCCCCUGCCCUUCAAGAUCCGGAUGACGCGCUGCUGCCUGACUUUGCAGACGCGCCACAAGUAAACAUUGAAGUCGCUGUUGCAGUCGCGGAGCAAGCAGUCGAGGAGGGGAGUGCCGACGUCACGUGGACAAAGGAAGAGGCCCGUGCGCGCGUCAAAGCUGCGAUCUGGAAGCCAGACUACGGGGUUUAUGUAUUCGAUGAGGCCAACGGACUGAAGUAG